UGCUAACAUAAAUGUGAGAAUAUGAGUGAAAUGGUAACAAAAUGAUAUGUUAAUCAAUGUUUUUGGGCAAGUCAUUGGACGAAUAUUCGUAAAAUUGGUAAGAAAGAAGAGGGUCGAGGAUUCGAACUCGUGGGGCUGGCAAAAAGUUUCGCACUUUACCAUUUCCUUCUCUGCAGAAAUAACAAGCCCUACUCUCUCCCUUCGUUCCCUAGGCCAAGCUCGUCCGCGCGCCACCACAGAAGCUGACUUGGCCGCCGCCGAAGCUCCGCCAUUUGACACCCUUCCCCAUUUCCCACUCCAGGUACUUCCCCUUUCCCUUCCUCCUCCAUUUCACUUUCUCGCCGGUGAGACUGUCCUAAUUAGUCUUUUUUUCUCUUUUUAAUUGCCGUCGGUUCCGUUUCUUCGUCUCUGAGUCGAUAAUCCGUUUGCUUAUGCUGUUCGUCGUACAGCUAUAUGAACAGUUGGUGUUGUCUUCCACGGUGAAAUUUAUUCAUGUUGGUCUCUUGGCAAUUUUGAAAUGCUCUGCUCCAGUUGUUUAAUUGUUCUUCAAUUUUGUUCCUAUCGGCUCAAAAACUUAUGUUAUGUGCUCAGCAGGUAUAAUGGAUGUUAUGGGUGUUUCAAAGUUGCCAUCUUUCAGCCUGAUCACCCCUAAGACCAAUCCUUACCAAGUUUUUGUUCCUUCAAACACGUCUUCUGUGUUUCAACUGAAGAAUCAUCGGCUCACCAGAAGUGUCGCCAUGGCUGCCUCCACCAUACCUGCAGAGAAUGUGAAUGAGGACAAGCAGAGGGUAACUGGAGAGUCAUUUAUUCGAUCGCACUUGAAAAAAUUGUCUCCUUAUCAGCCCAUUUUACCAUUUGAGGUUUUGUCUGCUCGUUUGGGAAGGAAGCCGGAGGAUAUUGUAAAAUUAGACGCAAAUGAAAAUCCAUAUGGUCCGCCUCCAGAGGUGAUGAAAGCUUUGGGGUCUUUGAAAUUUCCUUACAUAUAUCCUGAUCCUGAAACUCGUCGACUUCGUGAGGCCCUUGCCAAAGAUUCUGGCCUUGAGGCUGACUACAUUCUUGCAGGGUGUGGUGCAGAUGAGCUGAUUGAUCUUAUUAUGCGCUGCACAUUGGAUCCUGGUGACAAGAUUGUUGAUUGUCCUCCGACCUUUACAAUGUAUGAGUUUGAUGCUUCUGUUAAUGGGGCACAAGUAAUUAAGGUCCCAAGGAAGCCGGACUUUAGCUUAAAUGUGGAACUCAUAUGUGAUGCUGUUAGACGGGAGAAACCGAAAUGCAUAUUUUUGACAUCACCAAACAAUCCAGAUGGGAGUAUAAUCAAUGAUGAAGACCUAUUGAAAAUCCUUGAGCUCCCUCUUCUGGUGGUGCUGGAUGAAGCGUACAUUGAGUUUUCAGGUCUAGAAUCAAAGAUGAAGUGGGUGAAGGAGCACGAAAACUUGAUUGUUCUACGAACAUUUAGCAAAAGAGCAGGUUUAGCUGGACUACGUGUUGGGUAUGGAGCAUUUCCAAGCGGUAUUAUUCAGUAUCUCUGGAGAGCUAAGCAGCCGUACAACGUUUCUGUUGCUGCUGAAGUUGCUGCUUGUGCAGCAUUGGAGAAUCCUUGUUACCUGGAGAUGGUAAAAGAUGCAUUGGUACAAGAAAGGAAGAGGCUUUAUCAACUUCUGGAGGAAGUACCCUUUCUGAGCCCAUUCCCAAGCUAUUCAAAUUUCAUUCUUUGUGAAGUUAAACCCGGAAUGGAUGCUAAGAAGCUGAAGGAAGCUCUGGCAAACAUGGGUGUGAUGGUACGACACUAUGACAAGAAAGAACUGAAGGGAUUUAUUCGGAUAUCUGUUGGAAAACCUGAGCAAACGGAUACCUUGAUGCGCUGCCUAAACUCCAUUUCCUGAUUCUUGGCAUAUUGGCCAUUCCCUUGUUUACAAUUUCAGAGGUUGAUUUUGUAGUAGAAUGUUUACUUUCUAAUCUACAUUCUUGAUGAAUACGUUGUCAAGAUUAAACAUCCUUGACCUUUCAUUGCAAUGUUUACAAAACUGUAUCAAAGAUCGAACUUGUCGAGGCUUGCUGAUCAUUCAAGGUAAUUAUUAUGAGUAAAAUUGUCAUAAACGAUAUACAAACUGGUCAUUAGUAACGAUUUAACUGGUACAAGUUACCAGUACUGCAAUACAAACACUCAAAAGAA